AGAAAAGAAAGAAGCAAGUUCUGAUUGCCAUUGAUUGGGUAGUGCGUGCAUUGAAAGAGGAGGCAACAUGGUGAAGAACAGCGAUAAGCCCAAGAAGGACAAGAGAAAAGGUGAAGCUGAGGUGGAGACGCCAGUGAAGAAGAUCAAGAAGGAAAAGAAAGACAAGAAGGAGAAAAAGAUCGAAAAUGGAGUUCAGAAUGGCAAGGCAGACGCUCCUUCCGCUGCAGAACCCGUUGUGGUGGAGCCCCAGACAGAAGAGAAAAAGAAGAAGAAGAAGCGAAAGAGCGAGGGAGAGGUCGUGGCAGAGCCAGAGGCGCAGACUCCCAGAACCGAGAAGAAAAAGAAGAAGAAGUUAAAGCUGGAGGAGGCAGUGGCUACACCCCUGACCGAAGCAGUUGCAGUUGUCCAUGACGAGGAUGAAGAGGAUGAAGAUGAGGACGCAGCAGAGCCGGAGGUGGAGGUGGUGCCAAAGGAGGUGGUGCAGAAGACCGGCCCUUUCCUGGCGCCCAUUGCAGACCCCCUGGCCGACGAGAAGCUCACAAAGAAGCUGCUGAAGCUGGCCAAGAAGGCCUCCAAGAGGAAACAGACCAAGAGAGGGGUCAAGGAGGUCGUGAAGGCCAUCCGCAAAAAGUUUAAAGGGAUCUGCUUGAUCGCCGGAGACAUCUCGCCCAUCGAUGUGAUCACGCACAUCCCAGUGCUGUGCGAGGACAAUGACAUUCCCUAUAUCUACGUCCCCUCCAAGGAGGCUCUGGGAGCUGCUGGGCUGACUAAGCGGCCCACCAGCUGCAUGCUUGUGCUGCCCAAGCCGCUGAAGGGGGCAGCAGCGGACGACGAGGAGGCCAAGGAAUUCGCAGAGGCGUACGAGUCAGCGCGCGCCAAAAUAGCCGCUGUCGAGCCGCUGUACAUGAGGAGAUGAGUCAGCGCCCGCCAACAUAGCUCCUGUCAAGCCUCUGUGCAUGAGGAGAUGAGUCAAAGAUAGCCGCUGUCGAGCCGCUUCACAUGAGGCGAUGAGUCAUCCGGAAGCUUGAAGCAUAUCAGGCGGAGGAGCUACGGUGUGUGUUCCUUUGCGAGGAAGAUCACACUCUCGAUGGGAGUGGCUGGUGCAUCACACUGUGUGGGCGAUGGGUGCGCGGAAGAGUUGGCGUUUGCUGCAGUUGGAUGAGAGAGAUUUCCUGCUGGGUUGCUUUAUUGAUCUUACAAGGCAACUUGUUUGUCGCGUACAGCAGCAGGUUGGGCUUCUGGUGCAUGGGUGACUGACCAUCGCGACCUGAUACAGAAUUACAUCUUUGACAUUAUCCAGGAUCGUUGAGAAAUGUUCCUUAGUAUGCAUGGCGGAAUGCCAUUGGCCGGCGGCCACUGAUACUUAGUAACUUGUAUCUAAGACUUCAGCUUC